AUGUCUACGAGGAGCCGGGGCUCCUGCUCCUCACCAUGGUUCAUCACCCCGUUGGUGCUACUAGCCCUGUGCAGAGGGAGUCAUCAAAUCGCUAAAAACUUUGUGAACUCAUCAACUCCAGAUCUUCGACCCACAUUUGUUGUAAAUUUCGAUACAUCAACAGUUAUUUGUCAGCACAGCUCCGAUCCAACAGACCUGCAUAUUCAUAACAUGAGCUCUUUAUGCGAUGGAAAACAAGAUUGUUUUGUGAAUCCUGCUAUGCACGAUGAAGUUUUCCCUUAUUGUGAACACAAAUGCCAGUCAACAUGUAGUGGGAAAGGAGCGUGUCUCUACGAUGGAGCCAAACCUCAAUGCUAUUGUGAUUCCGGAUUCUCUGGUUCAGCUUGUGAGCUUCAAGAUAAGAAUGAAUGUUUGGAGCAUCCUUGCCAUAUGAUGGCUCAAUGUCAAAACACGUUGGGAUCCUAUGAGUGUCGGUGUCUGCCAGGAUAUGAAGGAAAUGGACACGAAUGUACUGAUAUUGAUGAAUGCUCAGAUAAACUUACAUCUAGAUGCCCAGAACAUUCUAAAUGUAUCAACCUGCCUGGAACUUACUACUGUAAUUGCACACAAGGGUUCACACCAAAAGGAAACCAGGGAUCUGGUCUUGACAAAUGCGCAGAUAUCAACGAAUGUGAGACUGGAGCCCAUAACUGCGACGCAGACGAAAUCUGCGAAAACUCAAUUGGAUCAUUCAAAUGUGUCAAUAAAUGCUCUCCCGGGUAUGAGCUAAUUGAUGGAAAGUGUGAAGAUGUAAAUGAAUGUGGAUCUGAGAAACUUCAUAAAUGCGAUGUACGUGCUGAUUGUGUCAAUACUAUUGGUGGAUAUGAAUGUGAAUGCGAGGAAGGUUUUGAAGGAGAUGGAAAGAAUUGUCAACCAAAAUCGUCUUGCCGUAAAAACUCUGCAAUCUGUGAUAGACACGCAUCUUGUCACAUUGUCCUAGACAUCUGUGACUGUAAAACUGGAUACACAGGAGAUGGAAUCACAUGUCACGAUAUUAAUGAAUGUGAUGCCAAAGAUACACCAUGCUCAGAUGGCGGAAGAUGCUUGAAUUUGGACGGAGGAUACGUUUGUUGCAAAAAUGGACAAGAUGACGCCACAUGUAUUAAAGACCAGGGAGCAUUUUGCUCUGGAGGAUGUGGUGACAACGCAAUUUGCUCCAAUGCAACUUGUGCUUGCAUCGAUGGUUUCCGUGGAGACCCACACAAAAAAUGCGUCGAUAUCAAUGAAUGUGUGGAGAAUGACUCGGUUUGUGGUGGAGUCGGAGAUCGUUGUGUCAAUCUAUUCGGUGGAUUCAAAUGUUGCCAACAUGGAUCUACUGAAGCCGAGUGCACAGAUCAGGCGUUUUCAUCGGAUUCUUCCACUAUUUCUAGCCACGGAGCAGACUUCACAACAACCGGAGAACAAAUUAUUGAAGGUUCCGGAUCGAUUCAAACUUCAUCCGGAGGAUCCAUCACUGUAACCCGUGGUCUUAUUCCCAAAGAUGUUGAACUAACAACUUCUGGAAGAUUAGCCUGUACUUCUUAUUGUCCACCAAACUCUGAAUGUGUAGGAGGGUACUGUGAAUGUGUCAGUGGAUACGGUGGAAAUGCAUUAGUAGGAUGUGAAGAUAUCGAUGAGUGUAUCACUGAAAUAUGUAAUAUCGAGGCAAAUGAAUGGUGUGUUAAUCUGAUCGGAGGAUUCGUUUGCUGUAACCCAACGAAUGCAACUCAUGAUGAUUGUAUAGAAAUCACAAAGGAAAAAGGUCUUCAUGUUAUUGGAGGCAACGAGGAGGAUACUGUAGUUGCUACAAGAUCAAAUCAUUCGACAUCUGAUCAAUUGAUUACACAAGUUGUUCAACAAUCCAGAAACUUCUCAACUGGACAGAUCAUUUUGACACGUGGAAAAGUGUCUAGUGGGGAAGCUGUCACACAGACAACUGACGCUGAUGAGUUUGGCCUUGAAAUUUCUGCAGCUGAUUUGGCUGGAAGUGGAUCGGGAAUCACAUUACCGACCACUCUUGAACCGAAAAUUGAAGGAUCAGGAAAGAAAGCAUCAGGAGGUGUAUGGACUGAAGAAGAUGAAGGAGAAGAUGAGGAUCUUAUGGAAGAAGGAUCUGGGUCUUGGAGUACGACUAUCAAUGGAACAGGAAUUACUGGAUCCCCUAGAUCAGAGGGUACAAUCAGAGUUAGAAUUACAACAUUAGGAGAGGAUGGUGAACCAGAAACCGCAACAAAGCCAGGAAUCAGUGCACCUGACAAAACUGGAGAAGGUUCAAAAACUGAGAGUGACGGAGAAGAGAAAUUGACUGUUGAAAAAGAUGGGAAAGAGGCACAGUCGUCUGGAUCAAGUGCUACAUCAUCUGGAAAAAAAUCCGAAGCGACAUCAGGAUCUUCUAGCUCUUCUGCAAAAUCUGGGACCGGAUCGGAAGCUUCUGGAUCUUCUGGAGCUAGUUCAUCUUCCGGAUCAGGAGUUUCGGGAGAGUCUGGAUCAUCGGUUUCAACAGAGUCUGGAAGCUUUGGAACCUCUUCUAGUGGAUCUGUUGGAUCAGAAGCAACUGGAUCGACAGGAGUUGACGGAUCUGAAUCAGGGAAGCCAUCUAAAUCAUCAACUGAGGAAAAAUUGCCAUUUACCAAAAACGGGGAAAAAUCUCCAAUAUCUGGUUCGGAUACAACCGGCAAAGAAUCCUCAGAAGAAACUACUUCGAGAAAACCUAUCGAAGGAUCUGAUUCGCUUACAGAAGGAUCCGGAUCUGGAGAAUGGUUUGAAACUGGUUCAAAGGGACAUUUCGAGUCAGGAUCCAAAGUAUCAGUUACUUCGGGAAAAGGACCAACUCAAUCAGGAGCCGAAGGAUCUGGAUCGGGACCAAAAGUACCAAAAGGACCAGGUGCUCCCGAAAUUACCACUGAUGGUGAGGAAUCUUCUUCAACAUCAACUGGGGAUAAGUCUGGUGGCAAGCCAGCAGAUAAGUCAGAUAAUAAGAAUGUGCCUAAAACUGGAGAUAAGAAUCCAGAUAUCACAACUGACGGUGAGGACUCUACUUCUGAAACCUCUGGAGGUGAACAAGGACCUAAAGGAAAGUCAAAGGGACAGCCCCCUGGUGACAAGGGUUCCGAAGUCAAAAAGCCAACUUCUGAAGUUGAUGGACCAGGAAAUUUAUCAGGAACAAAAGGAAAAUCAAACGUUCCACUUAAGCCAACUGAUCUUCCAGAGGAAGGAUCUGGUAUUCUUACAACAUCUUCCGGAGGCAAAAACUCUACUUUUGAACAUGGAACGAAACUCGAAAGACUGCCACCAAAAACCGAGGAUAAAUCAUCUGAAACUCCACAACUCGGAUUGGAAAUCAGUGCUGGAAAGAAGCCUGAGCCAGAAGAUGGAACUUCUAAGGAAGUUGGUCUAGAAAUUCUCUGGGAAUCCACAACGCCAGGAUCAACAACAUUAGAUUCUGACAGUGUUGGCCUCGAAAUUUCGGGAUCUGACUUGACUAAAGCCACAAAGAAACCUCAUGUUGAGAUUGAAGGAUCAGGCACAGGAGAUGAAGAAAUUACUGCUACCACCCGUGAUGUAUCAAAGAGCACUAAGAAACCACGUGUAGAAGUCGAUGGAGGUGACAAUGGGGAAACUUCUGGAGUUGAUGGAAAGCCUACAACUCCCGCUCCGACGCCAUCAUCUUCCGCAGAAUCAUCUACCUCUCGAAUUCCAACAACUUCUGAAGCUUCCCCUGAAGGUGGGUCUGGAGAAGCUGGUGUUCCUGAGAGUCCAGAUGGAUCAGGCGAAUCUUCUACAUCAGCUCCAGAUGGAGUUUCUCCAACUUCUUCCGCAACAGCUCCAGAGGUUCCAACUACCUCUGCUUCGUCUACUCCAGAUGCGGUAGAAGAAUCAGGAAUACCUUCCACUUCAAAACCAACUGCUGAGCCAUUGGAAACAACUGCACCUUCUACUGAAGUAACAAGCCCAGAAGGAUCUGGAACGGAAGAGUCCACUUUGCCUCCAACGGAAGGAUCUGGAGAAUCAACAACUUCAUCUGCUCCAACUGUUGAGCCAGCUACCGUUCUGCCUCCACAAAACCGAAAUGAGAAGCCAGAACCAACAAAAGACACAUUCGCGUUGCCAACAACAACCACUGGUGCACCACAAGCAAAUGAUUCUUCUGUCGAAAAUACUAAAUGCACGAGCAGUGACGAGUGUGGUCUGGAUGCUCUUUGUGAAAGAAGGACUGGAGUUUGUCGAUGCGAGCCAGGAUUCGAGGGUGCUCCACCAAAGAAAUCUUGUGUCGAUGUUGAUGAAUGUGCCACUGGAGAUCAUAACUGCCACGAAUCAGCCCGUUGCCAAAACUACGUCGGUGGAUACGCAUGCUUCUGUCCUACUGGAUUCCGAAAGGCUGAUGAUGGAUCUUGCCAGGAUAUCGAUGAAUGCACAGAGCACAACUCCACUUGCUGCGGAGCCAAUGCCAAAUGUGUUAACAAACCUGGAACCUAUUCCUGUGAAUGUGAAAAUGGAUUCCUUGGAGAUGGAUAUCAAUGUGUUCCAACCACAAAGAAGCCAUGCGAUUCUACUCAAAGCUCCAAGAGUCAUUGUUCAGAGAGCAAUAUGUCUUGUGAAGUAGACACUGUUGAUGGAUCAGUUGAAUGUAAAGAAUGUAUGGGUGGAUACAAAAAGAGUGGAAAAGUAUGUGAAGAUAUCAAUGAAUGUGUUGCUGAAAAAGCACCAUGUUCAUUAAACGCCAACUGUGUCAAUAUGAAUGGAACGUUCUCUUGCUCCUGUAAGCAAGGCUAUCGUGGAGAUGGAUUCAUGUGCACUGAUAUUAAUGAAUGUGAUGAACGACAUCCAUGUCAUCCACAUGCUGAAUGCACAAACCUUGAAGGAUCGUUCAAAUGUGAAUGUCAUUCUGGAUUCGAGGGAGAUGGCAUCAAGAAGUGUACAAACCCACUUGAGAGAAGCUGCGAAGACGUCGAGAAGUUCUGUGGAAGAGUUGAUCAUGUCUCGUGCCUAUCUGUCAGAAUAUACAAUGGAUCAUUGUCUUCCGUGUGUGAAUGUGAACCAGGAUUCCGAUUUGAGAAGGAAAGUAAUUCAUGUGUAGAUAUUGAUGAGUGUGAGGAGAGCAGAAAUAACUGUGAUCCUGCAUCAGCCGUUUGUGUUAACACUGAAGGAUCAUACCGAUGUGAAUGUGCUGAGGGUUACGAAGGAGAAGGUGGUGUUUGCACUGAUAUCGAUGAGUGUGACCGCGGAAUGGCUGGAUGUGAUAGUAUGGCAAUGUGCAUCAAUCGAAUGGGAUCAUGUGGAUGUAAAUGUAUGGCUGGAUACACUGGCGAUGGAGCUACUUGCAUCAAGAUCGAAGAAGAACCGAAGUCUGAUAAAACUGCCUGCACUGACGAAUGGUCUCGCCUCUGCGAACUUGAAAAGAAACAGUGUACGGUCGACGAGGAAGAAGUUCCACAGUGUGGAGCUUGUCUUCCAGGACAUCAUCCAAUCAAUGGUACCUGCCAAUCUCUUCAAAUUUCUGGUCUGUGUGCUCAGAAGAAUGAUUGUAAUAAGCAUGCAGAAUGUAUUGAUAUUCAUCCGGAUUCUCAUUUCUGUAGCUGCCCUGAUGGAUUUAUCGGAGAUGGAAUGAUUUGUGAUGAUGUCGAUGAGUGUAACAACGCUGGAAUGUGUGAUGAUGAGAACACCAAAUGCGAAAAUACAAUUGGAUCAUUCAACUGUGUAUGCUUGGAAGGAUUCAAGAAGGUUGACGAAAAGUGCGUUGUCGAUGAGAAGAAACAGCCGAAUCGCGAAAAGAUCGAGAUUGACGAAGAGAACUCUUCAUCAUCAAACUCUGGACAGGAAAAACCAACUACUAAAGGAGACACAAAUUCCACAACGCCAUCAACAUCAUCUCUAGCAUCUGUGAAAUCAACGUCUGCACCAGAAGAACGUACUACUGUUUCUACAACUGUCUCUACCACAACUCCGACUGAAGAAACGACUACUUCCGAGUCAUUGAUUCUCACUGCUGCUCCAUCCAAGCCAACAGAAUCUACAACAGAGUCAUCCGAAGCUCCAACUACACCGGCUAAAACAUCUGAAACAAAAUCUUUGACCACUCCACAGCCACCACCUACCACCACCACAACUGCAAAACCAGCAACCACAUCAGGCAAACGAGGACCACCAAGCAUCCAACCACCAGCAGAAAUGUUCACGACUCCAGCUCCACCUCCACCAAGUAAUGGAGGUUAUGGAGAGGAGACGAAUCAAGAAGAAGAGCAAGUAACCUCCACAACAACUACAGAAGCUCCAUCUCUUUGCUCCACAGUCACAUGUCACUCAUUGGCAACUUGCGAGCAAUCUACUGGGGUUUGUAUUUGCCGAGAUGGUUUCAUUGGAGACGGUACAACAGCUUGCUCUAAAAAGAGCACAGCUGAUUGUAUUUCUCUUCCGUCUCUCUGUGCUGACAAGGCAAAAUGCGACAAUUCAACAAGAUCCUGUGAAUGUGAUGCUGGAUACAUUGGAGAUGGAUACGUGUGCUCACCGCAUCCACAGGAUUGUGUGCUUCGUGAUAACUUGUGCUCGCCAGAAGCUGUCUGCCAGAAUAGAAGAUGCCAAUGUCUUCCAGGAUUUACUGGAGAUGGAGUCAAGUGUGUUAGUAUUCACGAAAGAGCAAGCAACUGUUCCCAAUGUGAUGCAAAUGCUCAUUGUGUUGGUGGAACUACCUGCAAGUGUAAUCCAGGCUACUUUGGCAACGGUCUCUGCUGUGUACCUGAUCCAUUAGACUGCGUCCACUUCACUGGAAUCUGUCACCCGAACGCAGUAUGUAAUUCGGAAUCCCGUCAAUGUCAGUGUUCUUCUGGCUUCUCUGGAAACGGAGUUUCAUGUUUCCCACAGAAAUCAUGUAGAACUGACAAAUCAGUGUGUGCGAAGAAUGCUAUUUGUCUUCCAACUGGAAGUUGUAUCUGUCGUCAUGGAUUUAAGGGAGACCCAUUCUAUAAAUGUUCUUCACUUGUUUCAAAGGAACCAGCUAACCAACAAGACCUUUCUGAUGUGAGCUCGUGUGUCACACCAUGCGACUCUUCCACUCAACUCUGCAUCUCUGGAGAAUGUAUUUGUAAAUCAGGAUUCCGUCGGAACUCGACACUUUCCGGCUCGGAGACGUGUGCAGACAUUGAUGAAUGUGCGGAGAAGUCUCAUAAAUGUGACCGAGUUGCUACAUGUAGAAAUACAUUUGGAUCCCAUGUUUGCACAUGUCCAGAUGGGCACGUUGGAGAUGGAAUCACUUGUGUUCCACAUGUCAAUCAAGGAAAACUUUCGGUAUACUGUGAAGCUGAUGGAAUGACAUUGGUACUUGGUAACGAGACAGCUGACUUUGAAGGGAAGAUAUUUGUGAAAGGACAAGCUGAGAAUCCAUAUUGCUCGAAAUCGUUCAGCUCAUUGUUGAACUCUCGCAAGCCAUAUGUUUUCAAAGUCGUUUUCCAACAUUGUGAUGUACAACUUCUCGAUAAUCAUACUAUGGCGUCAACAGUGGUUGUACAAAAACAUGCAAUGUUCUUGACGAAUAAGGCCGACUCCUACGACCUCCGAUGCCAAUACCCAAUUGGUUCCCGUGCUGUUGAAUCUCAUGUGAAUGUUUCUGAACUUGCUACAACCUCCACACUCACAGAAAAGAAUUCUACACUUGCUCCAAUCUGCAGAUUAUCAGUUUCAAAUGAUCAACAUUCAUCAAUCAGUUCAGCGAUGGUCGGCGACACUUUGAAGCUUGCUUUGGAAGUUACGCCAUCCGAAAACUUUGGCAUUUUGCCAAGAAACUGUUUCGCAAUCAAUAUUGAGAGUGGAGAGAGAUAUACAUUGACAGAUGACAUGGGAUGUGCUAUUGAUGAGUCAUUGUUCCCACAAUGGUCUGCUGCCACGUCAUCAAAAGUGCAGGCAGUAUUCAGAACAUUCAAAUGGCCGGACAGUUCAAUGAUCAGAUUCCAAUGUGACUGUAACCCUUGCGUUGGGCAAUGUUCUACACCAACAUGUAUUUCAUCAGCAAGAUUUAGAAGGCAUCAGACGACGUCACCUGUUGUGAACGACGAGAUUCGUCAGGAAAUGGUUUUGAUGUCCGGAGUUGAAUCCCUAGCAGUUUCAUCUAUCAUCAAUGUCCAUGAUUCUCAUGAUAUGAAUACAUCUGAUGACGAUGACGUCACAUCAUCCCAUGUGGAUGCCACGUCAAAGGAAUCAAAAUCGAUUUGUGUGAAAAUGGCUCCACUACUCAUCGCAUUGGGCUCAUUUGCAGUUUGCUCAGCGAUAUUACUGUACUUGUGCUCUAAGAAACCAAAAACAAUUGAUCUGGAAUCAGAACUGAGAUUCUAGAUUGAUUGUUUCAAAAUAUUGUUUUGGUAAUUCAUAUUUUCGUAUUUUCUUAUCACUGCACUGAUAAGAAAUCUUCAAUCACUUGCUACAUACUUGUUACAUUCCAAUAUUUUUGUUAUUUUAUUUACCUACUUUUUUAUUCUUUAAAUCCCCCAAAACUUCUCUGAAAUCUCCGACAACACUAACAAAUUGCUCAGGGUUUUGAUCGAAACCAAACAGAAUUUUCUCUUUUGUUUUAAAAUUUUAUUUGAUAAUUUCUAAUUUUCUAAACUUUUUAUUUAAUUAUCGUAUUUAUCACAUCUCUACAGCUUUUCUCUACCAUUACGUGUGCCUCGUUUUCCAAUUUUUCUCAAUUUUCUUUUAAUUUGUGCCUUUCCAAAAAACCCUUGUUUUUGCGUGUUUUUUUCUGUGAUUUUUUUUCUGUAAAGUUCUUCAACAUGUCUUCCAUAAAUUAUCAAGAUAAUUUUUUUAAAGAAAGAAAAUCAAAACCUUUAUUUAUUUACAUAAACUUUCUUUCA